AUGGAGAGGCCCACAAGACAAGGACUGACAUCUCUAGCAAAAGCCAGUGAGGACCUGAGGCCUUCUAACAGCCGUAUGAGCAAAGCUGGAAGCAGAGCCUCCCCAUGUGGGUUUCGAGAUGACUGCGACCUGGCCAACACCUUGACUGUAGCCUUCCGAGAGACCCUGAGUCAGAGGACCCUGCUAAGCUAUGCGCAGAUUCCUGACCCACAGAAACUGGGAGAUAAUAAACGCACUGACACGCAGCGCUGUGAAAAGGCCACCUGCAGGAGGGGUCAGAGCGCCCUGAAAGUCCCCGCGGCCGCCCCCCAACAAGCGGGUGUGCUGGCCACACCAAGCCCAGGCCCUCUUUGCUGUCCCUCCUUUGCCUGUGCACCGCUCUGGAUGAAGACGGUGCCAGCCCUCAGCCAGGAGGAAAAGUGUAGAUUCAUUACUGUAGGGACCACCUGCUUCGACGAUCUCAUUACGUGUGUGUCAGCGCCUGACAGUCUGCAAAUAAUAAAGAGUCUUGGUUACAACCGACUUAUCCUCCAAAUUGGUAGAGGAACCGUGGUACCUGAACCAUUUAGUACUGAGUCAUUUACUCUGGAUGUUUACAGGUACAAGGAUUCCUUGAAAGAAGACCUUCAGAAAGCAGAUCUUGUUAUUAGUCACGCAGGUGCAGGAAGCUGUUUGGAGACUCUGGAAAAAGGAAAGCCACUUGUGGUAGUUAUAAAUGAAAAGUUAAUGAACAACCAUCAGCUGGAAUUGGCAAAGCAGCUACACAAAGAGGGGCAUCUCUUCUACUGUACCUGCAGCACGCUUCCUGGGCUGUUACAGUCAAUGGACUUAUCAACACUGAAAUGUUACCCUCCUGGCCAGCCAGAAAAAUUUUCUGCAUUUUUGGAUAAAGUUGUUGGAUUACAAAAAUAAACACUAAACUCUCAGCACUUUAAAAAAUCCCCUAAAUCCAACCUCUGGAAUGUGAUUAAGUCAAACACAUAGUAUAUAUUUGCAGAAUAAUAUAAAUGAAUAAACUUCUUACAUCUACAGAAUAUAUAGGAAAUUUUAUUGUGUAAA